AUGCCGGCCACUUCCCCAAACCACCCCUUCGCCUCGCCCAACGCCAUCCCGCCCCGCACCAGCUCCACGGGCAUCCUCAACUUGAACGCGAGCAUUGCUAAGCAGCCUUCCAGAACGAGUGUGCUGCGUCCCUUGAGCGAGAUUGAUUGGCUCGGCCAGAGCAAGAAAAGCAAGACGAGCCAUCCGGCGGAUCCUUCCAACGCGCCUGCCCAAAACGUGUCUACGCAACAACCUCGGCCGCAGACCAUGGCCGCGCAGUUGAAAUCGCCGCCCCGCACCGAGCACACCGACAUGGACUCGCCCAUGGACAACACCCAAGCCGGCGCGAACCUCGAAGCCAGCACAAAUUACCCGACGCCGCUGUCACCACCCGCAGAACAUGCAAAAGAUAUUGGCGAGGAGCUCAUAUACGGAAAUGGGGUUGCGUGGACAGAGGGCAAGGAGCGCAUAUUACUGGGGCCCUACGACUACCUGUAUGGACACCCCGGCAAGGAUAUACGGAGUCAGUGCAUCGCAGCCUUCAACCUGUGGUUGAAAGUGCCGCCAGAGAGACUCGAGAUUAUCACAAAAGUGGUGGGCAUGCUGCAUACCGCGAGUCUACUCGUCGACGAUGUAGAAGACUCGUCCAUCCUCCGCCGCGGCAUCCCGGUCGCCCACUCUAUCUUCGGAACCCCGCAAACGAUCAACUCGGCCAACUACGUCUACUUCCGCGCGCUAUCCCUGCUUCUCUCCAUGAACAACCCCAAGCUCAUCGAGAUCUUCACAGAAGAGCUAUUGAACCUGCACCGCGGACAGGGCAUGGAUCUAUACUGGAGGGACAGCCUGACAUGUCCGAGCGAAGCAGACUACCUAGAGAUGGUAGGGAACAAAACCGGGGGUCUAUUCAGACUAGCAAUCAAGCUCAUGCAAGCCGAGUCGCAUACAGACAUUGACUGCACCCCCCUCGUCUCCACAAUAGGCCUCCUCUUCCAAAUCCUAGACGACCACCUCAACCUCUCCCCCACAUCCGGUUACACAACCCUCAAAGGCCUCUGCGAAGACCUUACAGAAGGCAAAUUCAGCUUCCCCGUUAUCCACGCCAUCCGCGCCGAUCCAAGCAACCAAAUCCUCAUCAACAUCCUCAAACAGAAGACUACAGACGAGGAAGUGAAGCGGUAUGCGCUUAGAUACAUGGAGAGCAAGGGCAGUUUUGAAUAUAGUAAGGGUGUUAUUGAGGAGCUGAGGGGCAAGACGGAAGAGCAUGUUCGUGGGGUGGAGAGGGAAUUAGGGGUCGAUGGUAAGGAAGGGGCAGAUGCUUUGAGGGUCAUGUUGGAGAGGUUGGUGCUCAAGUGA